GGCUGUGAGGCCAGGAGUUCUGACCGGCUGCCUUGCCUCCUGCAGGUCUGAGUGGCCCUGCUAGCGUUGCUACUUGGAAACGAGGUGCCCAGGGUGGUUCCUCUCAAGUCUCUCCCUGCUGCCCCGGGAAGAGCUGAGCCCCAUUCACAACCCCUGGAUGCCCUGCAAGAAGUUCAUCAUGCUGACAGAAGACAUGAAGCUCUGGCAUGGCUUAGUGAUUGCAAUCGUGUCCUUUGUCCUGCAGGCCUGCUUCCUCGCAGCUAUCAACUACCUGCUCAUCAGGCACCUGGCCAAAAAGAAUGAACAGUUACUAAAGAGAGCCAGGCUCCAGGACCCCAGGUCCAGCCCUGCGCAGCACCACUCACCCGCUGCCCAGCACCACUCACCUGCUGCCCAGCACCACUUACCUGCUGCCCAGAAGAUGGAGACUCGGGCAGAGAGAAGCACCCCAGUGUCUGAGCCCCAUUGCGGAAAUGACAGUGACACAUCCUCAGAUAGCUCUGACACCUCGGACAGCGCCAGCAGCUCGACUCCCACCUGCCAGACCACCAAGGAUGUGAAUUACACACAAGUAGUCUUUUCAGCCACUGGAGGGCGAAAAAACAAAUCUGCGCUGGAUUAUGAGAACAUAAAGGAAACGACGGAUUAUGUCAAUGUCGACCCAAGAAGUCACAAGCACAAUUGCUAGAGUCCUGUGAACCCUGCUGUCUCCAAGCCAGGGGAGUACUCUGUGGUAGCCUUGUAAAUUCUAGGCUUUAAAAAAACUCUUACCUGAGGGUAUGUUUAUUGACAUUUAUUGAUUUUGGAGAGAAAGAAAGGGGGUGGAGAGAGAGAGAGAG